AUGUCCUUCAUCUAUGGGGCGCCAGAUGCCCCCGAGUACUGGUCGGCGCUUGAGUUCCACGGGCCCAUGGUGAGGGAACGGGAGUACGAAACUCUCGAGCUGCUGAACUCCGCGGAGGCCACGACGGCGAAGGAACGCAAGCACCUCGCGCCACGGGUCCUUGACGUCGUUGUGUGGUCACCGAUGGAAGAACGCGACCUGCCCGAGGGCCACAUUGCCGUUGUGGUGCAGGUGGAGGAUGAUGUGGAGGCCGCGGGAGGGGAGGACCGACUCCGCGAGCUUCGGAAGUUGCGGCUGCAGCCCCGGUUGUUGUACAUUGCGGAGCAGAACUUUGACAACACGCACUGGGGAUGCAAAAACUACUCGCGCGUGCUGCGGUUCCAGUGGCGAAAUGGCAGGGAAGCGGUGCUGCAGGACCCCUUGGAACUUCCGAUCAUCGGUCGAGUGCGCCCCGGGAAGCCGAAGCAAAAUACAGAUGUGGAAGACGAUCUCUGA